AUGUGCAAAAUACUCAUUGCAUACCCAGGCUCACAGAAUCUUGAUGCUGUCAUCAGCAAAACCAAUGGUUUAAGUAACAAAUCUGGUCCUUUUGAUAUUACGAUAUAUUUAGGUGACGUGCUGCCAGAUCAUAACAAACCAGGUCCAUCAUUAGAUCUAGAUAUUGAUCACCCAAUCUAUUUCACAACAGGGGCUAGCUCCAAGGAAUCUAGCGAACCACAUGACAUAAAGCCAAACUUUAGUUAUCUUGGUAAUUACGGUGUUCGUACCUUUCCAAAUGGAAUUAAAAUGGGCUUUGUUACUGGUGAUGAAGCCAUCCUUAACAGAGAUGGAGACAUAAUAAUAGCCAAACUGAAAGAUCAUAAAGAUAUUGAUUUCCUAGUGACCUAUCAAUGGCCAAAGACUUUGGCUCAGGAGGCAAAGGUGUUUUUAGGCAACUCUAUUGUUGAUGAAAUUGUCAGAACAACAAGGCCAAAAUAUCAUCUUGCUGUCGGAUCUAGUGCAGGAAAAUUUUACGAGAGAGCACCUUUCCAAUGGGAUGACGGAACAAUUACAAGGUUUAUUAGUCUUUCCAAAUUUGGCUCAAAAGAGAAAUGGAUAUAUGCGUUCAACUAUAAUAUCACGCAAGAUGGGAAAGUUGCAUUACCAAAAAAUCUAACAUCUAAUCCUUUUGAGGUUCCAGAAGCAUCAAAAGAAAAUAUUACCCCUGAACAAGUUCAUGAAGAAGAAUCAAAGAAACGCAAAUCUGAAAAUAGCACAACCCAAUCGGAGGUACAAGGUGAACCUACUCCAAAAAGGCAAACCAUAACAAGGAAAGUUGUCUCACCAGAAAAUUGUUUUUUCUGUUUGAGUAAUCCAAAACUUGAAAGUCAUAUGAUAAUAUCCAUUGGUGAACAUGCUUAUUUAACUAUUGCUAAAGGUCCAUUGACAAGACCAACAGAGAAAAUGAAAUUUUCAGGACAUUGUUUGAUUAUACCCAUUGCUCACGCACCAAAGAUUGAUUAUAAUAAAGAUGCCGUUCCAAAUAAUGCUCAAUUGUUGAAUGAAAUAAUGAGAUACGAGGUGUCUUUGGUAAAAUUCUUUGCAAGUUUCAAUUUGGGAACUAUAUUAUUCCAAAUCAAUAGGUCGAACUCUGUGCAUUUCCAUAUUCAAGUAUUUCCUAUUCCAGUUGAUUUUCUCCCCGAUUUUGGAAAAAUAUUGGAAAAAAAUGCAAAGUUGAACAAUACCAAAUUUAGCAAAAAUGUUAAGUUAGAUUUCAAAAAAUAUGCAGAUGAAUGUGAUCAAGAUUAUCAAGACUUGCUUAAAUCCAACAAGGAUUUUAUCUCUUUCACAGUCAUCAACAAGUCAAUAUCAGAUAAGACAAUCUACAUAAGUACGAUUGAAUCCUUGGAAAAAUCUUUGGAUCUCCAAUUCGGGCGUCGUACAUUGGCUUAUUUACUUCAAUCCCCAAAAAGAAUCAAAUGGGAUAAAUGCCAACAGUCCACACAAAAAGAAACCGCAGAAACUGAACUUUUCAAAGAGGCUUUCAAAGAAUUUGAUUUCACAAUGGGGAUAUGA